CCCCCCGACAUGGACGAACAACCACUCGCCCACCCACCCUUCGGAUGUUGGCAGGAAGGUUGCUGAAUUAUUGGAGAGAUGUAGGCAGAAAAUGGCCUCCAGUCACUAGCACCCAGAAAAUGACGGAAACGAGAUGCUACUAUGGUUCCAGACAUGUUUUUUUUAUUCAGUUCAGAGGUAACGGACACAAGCAGGUAAAAAGAUUCUUUCCCCUCUCUGUAAUCAUCUGCACUAAACUAAACACAUCAAAUUGUUCAGCUUCUGGAAAACAAGGUAAGAAGAAAAUCCCUCUACUAAAUCAGCUGAUUAAUGGAUGGAAAAAUAAAACAAACUCCAAGCUGGUAGCUUGGAAGAUCUGAAGAUCACUUUUGUGUUUUUUUCACCAAACAGAAUAACUAGUUCCAAGAGUCUGUCUCCCUUGUUAAUAUUCUGACUUUAUUAAGUCUGUUCAUAUCUACUAGAUUUUACAAAACGUAGAGAUGCAGAAUGCUCAGAAUCUUCAAAUUUCUAAUUGCAACCAUUUCUGGAUCUAUAAUUUUAGAACUUACUGGCUGAUGGCUGGGAAGGGGUGGCCCAAGACAUGAGCUAUACCCAGAAUCCAGUAAAUAAGCUGUGUACUUGCAAAUAUACUAUUCCAGUAGGAAAAGAUGCUAUAAUUUCUAUGAAAUUGAGGUAGACGGGUGAGAAAAAGCACAGACAGAGCAAAAAUUAAUUAAGUGUUAAUACAAAGCCUCACAAAUGAGGGCUUCACUUAGAAAUUGAAUAUAAUCAUAUAGAAACAUGUUUUCCAUUAGUGACCUCUGGAACAUCUCAGCACUAAGUGGUGCUGGUGUAUGACAAAAGAGAGAGCCUUGUGCUUCUGUAAAAAAGGAAGCAAGGCUGUGCUCCCUCUUCAUACAUCAUCAGGCAGUGACAGGAUAGAAAGAUUACAACAUCUGACACGGAUAUCUGCAGGUCUAAUCGUUCCUGUCAGAGCUCCCUUAAAGCAAACUUAAAUUAACUAACUUGAGAUUCUGAAUGAUGCAACUUUAUGCCCAAUCUAACACUGAAAAAGAGGCCCUGAUGAUGGAGCACUAGUCAGUGAUGAGGAAACAUCACUGACUAAAUUAAAUAUAAUCACUGACUAAGAUUAAAUAUAGAGUUAGUCCUCCCUAGCAGAGAGGGGCAGGUCAGGCUGACUGAGAUGCAGAGGAACAAAAAAUGCGUUUUUAUUUUAAGAUGGUUUCUCAGGUGAACACAGCACGGUCUGCCUAGGAGCUGACAGCAAGAGGACCUUCAUGAUCCACUCCCAUGCACAACAAACCAUGAUGGUGUCAAGUGCAUACAGGUUGUGCAAUGUUCCAAGCAUGGAGCACAUAAAAAUGUCUGGUAAGGUUGUCACAAAUCAUUCAGCUCUUAGCUAGGAAGCUGAGGGGAGUUGGCACUGGAAAGAGACCACUUUGGCAGUUGGCACUGGAAGAGAUGAUCUAUGGCAGCUCAGCAUGCUUUUCUAAGCUGAUACUGAAAGCAACUGCCAUGACAAUAAGGAUUAGGCAGGCAGCUGAUAUAUUUGGCAUAUCUAUACAUAUCAAGGGUGCCAACGAGGCUCCUUCUUUGCCAGGAUUGCUGAGGGUCAGAACAGACCAUGUACAAACACAGCCUCUUUAUCAGCACCGUUAGGAAGGGGAGUCAAUAGUUAAAAUAUCUUGCUAGUGACAAUCAAAAUCCACAUUAAAGUCUGCAUUCAGAAAGCCACCAACAAUUUGUCUAAGGAGAAGGAAAAGGGAAAAAAAAAGGCUUUGUAUACAAAUCGUUCAUUUUCUUCUGCAUCAGUAGAUGGUGCUCUUCACGUUCUCUCAGAGGUUAUUUCUAAGCACAGUGCUUUUAUGCUUGGGGCUGAAAUCUCUAAGUGCUUUUUCCACACACCCUUCUUCAUCUCCUUUAAUUGCCAGAUCUUCUUCCCUCUAAGGUGGCUGGACAAUAAUCAUAUUAGUGCUCAAUGGGUUCAGUCAGGAACUUUAAGAUUAUCUGUCAUGGUAAAUAACCAAAGGAGGCAGAGAACAUGUGGGAUUUCUGUGCCUUUCUGGAAGGCAACUACUCGGUAAAUACUAAUGUGAUCCUUCUUUUGUAAGUGCUUCUGAAGGCGUCUCACCAUGCUUGUGUCCAUGGCUGUCCUGAGCAGCAGAGUGACACCACCUCUCACAAGUGCUUGUGGGUGCACAGUGUUUACAGCCAGCAUUUAAAUUUAACACAUUGGAGGCACAUGAAAACCAUCCUGCACACCUCUGUUACACCACAUAUUCCUAUUAGGCUUCUCAGAAUCAUAAACACUGCAAUCAGUCAUAUUCAGAUAAAAUUUCCAAGCGCAGAAUGAGGGAGGACACAUCCUAAGAAAGCAGCACAAACACUAUCCCAUUUUCUGGUACCCAAAACAGAGACAUGCAUGAUCUAUCCAGCAGCAAAUCCAGCUGUCCUCAUCUCCACAGGCAGGCACAAAUGCCCUUUCCAUGCUCUGGAAAUGGAGCAUCUGGGCAUUCGUUCCACUGUAUUCACAGUAACUCAGGCAGAUGAUGGAAUAUCAUGCGGGCUGUAAAUAGGCUCAGAGGCAUGACGAAAGAGAAUCAAUUUCUGGGAUAAUAGGAAGAAAAUAACUCCAAAUAUACAUACACAUAAAUCAAGGAAGAUGGCACACUUGCAUGAAAGUGCUCUAAAUGAUGCACUCUGAAAAAGAACUCUGUCGUUUCUCAGUUGCCUUUAAAGUCUAUAGACUUCUAUAAACAGCUUUCUCUCUUCAUGGCUUCCUUCUGAGUCUGGCUCUAGAAAUUACUCUAAAGACAAUGUGUUGUAUAAAAUGAUGUAAAUUUAUUAAGAGCUGUGGAAAAUGCAGCUAAUCCACAACAACAGUAGUAAGACCACAAACCACAAAAAGUGGCACUGACACCACUGAGGUAGCAAUACUCUGCAGUACUUGUCCAUGAGUUUCCCCACCAGAAGGGAAACCAACUAAUAAACAACAUGAGUCAAAAUUUCACCCCCACCCAAAAAAAUCUCCAAGUAUCUGUAACCUGAACUGCUGCCUUAAUUCCAUAGCACACCUGGCCAGGAGGUGUUAUUCCUCAGCGGCCUGAGAUUGAGUCUUUAAAUCUCUGGCACUGAACGACCCACAGCAAUGAGCUCCUCCUCAGCUGCUCCCUUUUUAAACCCAGAAAAGGCCCUGGGAUUUUUUUUUUUUUUUUUUUUUGGUUGGUUGAGGUUUUUUUGAUUGUUGGGCUUAUGUUUGUUUGUUUUUCUCUUUUGCCUUUGUUUAGAGCCUGCUCUGUGUCCUUGUCAGGAGGCACAGUAUUUCUUUAGAGUAGGUGAGGGGAAGAAAGAUGUAGUGGCAAGAUUCAACACUCCCUCAGACUUUUUUCACAUAAAUGGAUAAGGUUGAUAUCUCCAUUACCUGUUGCCCCUGACCUGGCACAGUCCUUAUGUAAGGGUCCAGUUUUGCUCUUGCAGCAGGGCUUCCAAAGAUUUCCAGAAGGGUGCUGUCCAAGAGCUCCACCACAGAGCUUAGCAUCAUCAUCUGAGGCUCAAUGCCUCUGGCUACUUUAAUGAAGUGUGGCACACAUCAUGGGGCCUAUGUUAUCUAUCCUUUAUUGAAAUCAGCAGAGUUCUGCUCUGUGUUUUCCACCCACAUAUCUUUCUUUAUUUUUUCCUGUUCCUCAUCUUGAAUCUUGCCCUUCUUUUUCCUGCAGUAUUGCCCAGCUGUUCUUUCCAGUAAGACUCAUGAUCCAAUUCAACCUUUGAUGUAACAGUCAUUGUUAAACUCAAGUAUCCAUAACCUGAGAAAUUUCCUGAGAGCAAAGGAAUUCAGCUUCAAAAUGUGCUGCUGAAAAGCAUGCACAGAGACUUUGGAACUUGCUGUCUCAGUCUGCAUUUUCAUUAUUUCUUUCUGUGUUAGAAUAUUUGCCUUGAGAAAGCUUUGAAUAUGGGAUGAAGAUAAAUACAGCUUUGGCACUCAGUGCAGUCUGCUUUUUCAUUUGUUAUUCUAAUGAAGCAACACAAACCCCAGUAUUUUUUUUUUCCCAACAGAAGCCAUGUAUCCGAUAGCCCAAAAAAUCCCUUUCUGUACCUUAAACACCACUCUCAGAAAUGACACCCUGCUGUGGUAACUGAAUUAUGUGUCUUAACCCGAUGUCUACUGAACAUAUAAAUUGGUUUGUUUUCGCUCCAUGCUCUGGCCUCUCUAGAUAAGACACACUUUGGACAGAGAAGGGAAGAGGAAAUGGUAACAAAAGAGUAUGAGAAUUUACUGGCACUGGGAAGAUUCUAGUUCCUGCUGAGGGCAUGGGACGCAUUCUAAAAGGCAGAAAGAUGAGUACAAAGCUGAGAAUAGAGCUGACCUGAAAGAAAGGAGCUUGACAAGCUCUCCAAAUUAACACAGAUGUCUGCUGGUAGGAUCUGAUGCUCUGGCUGCUCAGCUUAUCAUCAUAAGAAAGUCUUUGCACAGGACAGAUGGAUGUAUUUACCAUUUUAAAAUCUUCUAAUUAAAUCCUAGUUGGGGUUAAGCUAGCGGAAAAGUCAUUAUGCUUGCCAGAAUUUACAGGCAUUGGAUAUAAAAGCAAGGCAGGUAUUGAUUCCACUCCAGGAUAACAAACAUCUUCAUCUGAGCUGCAGCAAGGCAGCUGCCAAUUAAUUGGCAUCCUCAGUCUGCUGGUGAGGGAAGGGAAGGGAAGGACAUGGCCAAUCUGUACAAAAUAACCUUGAAGUGAGACAGGAUCUCUUUGACCACUCAAGAAACUAGUUGGCUCUAAGAAAUGCCAGUUUCACAGGUGACACCUCACAACCUGGUCAGCAUUCUCUAAGUUUAAAAGAUUUGCUUGCAGUCCCCUCUGCCUUGUAUUUGGAGACAUCAGUGACAGGCUCGAAAGGCUCAUGCAUGCAGCCAAGCCUCUGUUCUUUUUCCUUUUAAGUUUGUCAAGUCUUUCAUCUGAGGUAAGACAACCUCAGACAACCCAAUUGUCUCCCAUCACAUGCUUCACUGUCAUCAGAGUUUUCCUUUGGGAAUCAGUGCAGGAGAGACACUCCAGCUCUGCUCUACAGCUAGGGAAGCAAGUCAUGUCAAAAAAGACAGUGCUCAAAAUGUACCCUUCCCAUAGCAAACUGCCAGCUGUUCAGCCUAGGGGGAGUCCCUCACCCACCACAGGACCAGGAUGCUCAAAGCAGUAGGUGUCCCAGCAGAGAAGCACAGACACAAAGGAAUGGUACUCUAAGAACUGCCAGCCAUGCAUUAGCGAGAUGUCUGGUAGUGCUCAGCUCCCUCCUUUGUCUCCAAAGCUGAAAUUUAACCAUUUAAAUCAUCUAUAUGACAUCUUUAAAAACACUAGCAUCAAAGUGAGAAGUACAGAUAGUAUUUCAUAAUUACUUUGUCAGGCUCUCUACAGGCACUGGGAAACAUUGCCGAGUUGAUACAAUAAGUCAUGUUAUAAACCAGGAGUCUGUUAGGUAGCGUAGGAACUGCUUCACUCCAGGAAUUGUAGAAGCACUAGCGCAAUGCCCUUCCUGAAAACCUGCACACAUUUAUCUAUAAAUGCAUUAAAUCUUCAGAUUUCUCUAGUGCUAAAUUAGACAUGAAUUAAUACUCUCAGCAAAUCAUUGGAGACCUGAUCUUGCAAAUACAGGGAUGCUCAAAUGAAAUCCAGAGCCAAGACUCUGCAUAUAUACCAUAGAUCAAUUUGCAAAGAGAAAAAAGUUACUCCAGUGUGUGAAGGAAACUGUAAUUGCCUGCACUCAGCAGAAGGCAAUCUGCAUUUACUGGGGACUACCCUUCCAUCAUGGCUGUGAACAACCUCACAGAGUUGCUACUGGGUGAGGUGUGCAUUCUAAUUCAAGGCUGGGUGAAUGUUCAUGCUCUGUAUGGUGCACCGUAUUUAUUGGUUUCCCUUUAAGAAGGAUUUUGAUAGGUUUCAAAGACAGACAGUCCUGUAAUAAUACCCGGGUUUUAAAAGCACCUCAGUACAGAUUCUUUUUGGUAUGGCUUGUCUCUGGAUUUCAUUGCCUAAAAUAAGCAGGCACAUUAAAAUACAGAACUCCAUUAUAUAGUAGCAGGGAAAAUAAUUAGCUUCAAGUCACAGCAUUAGCCUAAGAAUCAUGCACCCAAUUGCACAUUUAACCAGUGACAGAGAAAACUUAGUGAGGUCUCAGAGCUUUUUCCUCCCAAUUAAAAAAAAGAGAAGCUAUCUACAGUUUCUUUAAAAGAAUCCCCUUAGCCUCCAGUUAUGGAGAAAGAAAUUCUGGGUUUUGAUGUCAAAAUUGCAUGUUUCUUCAACAGUUUUAUUAGUGCAAAUUUUUUAUGUACUCUGGAAGUUUACAAUAGUUAAAAGAAAACCAGUCAUGUACAUAUGAAGAAGAUUCCAGCUUUUCUUUUCGUGCCACAUUUUUGCUAUUGGUACUGAGCUAAGCACAACUCCAGGAAAACUAGUGCAAAGCACAUCAGAACCUGACAUCUCUGUGUGAUCCAGUGACCCUCUGUGAACUGUCUGUCCCACGACGUAAAAUCAUGAUGUGCAUGGUUUUAAGCACAGAAUAAAAGCAUUCAGCAGGAGAAAGCUGCAAACCAGAAUAGUCAGCCUUUACCACUUUUAUUUUUUCCCAAGUAGCUGAAAAGCCCAGCCUGUGACUGUUCAGCUAAAAUGGAUAACUGUUUUCAAAACUGACAGAAAAUUAUUUACACUCUUCUCUCAAUUUUAGUAUGGUGCUCUAACUCCUAAAAAUUUUUCACUUUAAGUAAAGGGCAGAGCAAAAUUUGAAACCAAUGCUUUAUCCAAGAUGCUUGAGUCACAGCAAAGAUGAAGAGUUUUAAGCAUGCAUUUAUUUAUGUACUGAGAAGAAAAUAAAGCUCAGUGCACAAAGAUCAAAUACUAACGCUAAUCUCUUGUUUGUUUCCCUUUGCUUUCAAGCUUCAGGCAUGCUGGUACUUUUUUUGUUCCCUCACUGAGGUGUGGGUGCAGCAUUUUAUCCAGCACUCUUUUCCUCUCUAUCCCCCUAUAGUAAUUAAAACCAUGCUACCUCUUUAUUAGGGAGGUGUAGGAAAGGUUGGAAAAUGGCUUGAUCUACCUGCCUCCUCUGCUUGAAAGGAUUGCCAUCCUGAGCUCCACAGAGAAGAACCUUCCUUUUCAACAGCUGCAGAGCUUGACCUAAGGAGUAUUCUAUGAACUACACAGCUACAGCACACUUUCUGAUAAAUGACAGCCUGUUUUCAAGAUGGAAAUGCCAUCUAUUUCUGUAGAGCUGACAUAGAGGGACAGCACUGCUGGCUGCUUUGAAGUCAUUCAACUCCCAUCUCAGCCACAAUGUCUUUGCUCUCCCUGGCCAUACCUGACAACUGAACCUACACACACGUGUACGUCAGUGGUGAUGUAGAAGGACCUACAUCUUAUUUUAUGCAUCAGUUACCUCAGUAUCUGAACAGAAAUCUCUAAAUAGCAAAUCACACAAUUGGCUAUCACCUUUAAAUAUUAAGUAAUUUUGUUCUUUAGAUUAUAAAAAGAGACAAUCCACUCAUGCAAAUAUAGUGCUACAAAUAAAACACUGACUAAGGAAUCCAGCAUGAAUUUGUUGGCACCAAUAACAGCAGACAGAGCAACUCUUUCCUAGUCAUCAACUAUGGAAGUGGGAGCUGCACACACACAAUAAAGAAGACAGAAAAUACUCCUAAGGAGCACAUUUCAUAAAAGAGAAAAACACCUUUCUUAACCAAACUCAAAAUAAGAGUUACGAAGGACAGAACAUGAAUAAAAAAUUUUAGUAGCCUAGAUUAUAAACAAAACAAAAAUUGGACUCAUGUGAUUAUUUUGUUAGUUCAAGGUAGCCACAACAGAGCUUGUUUAGAGCCUAUCAGUGUAUUGGCAAUGCCAGAGUUUUGAAAGAAUAAGGUCUUGUUAACCCAUAAGUUUAGUGAAAUGAGCUAUGACAUUUCUCUUGGGAAAAUUCUCUUGAAAAAAUUUGUCAUAGAAUCAUGGAAUGGUUUGGUUUGGAAGGAACAUUAAAGAUAAUCUAGUUCCAAACCAAAGUCCUCCCUUUGCAGCUGUAGUAUUUGUACAUGACAGAGUAAGGUCACCCACAAUACCUAAAAGAGUCCAUGACUGCAUUUUUCAUCUCUCACACAGAGACAGUUCUGCCUAUGCCCUGCCUCCUUCACACAGACACUUUAGUCAAAGACUCUCACGCUCCAAGAAAAUUCCUGGAACAGUACCUACUUUGGCCUCUGAGAAACGCCAAAAUGUACAUGCCAAUGUAGGACAGUCACUUCAUAGGCUUUCCACAUUUUGUGGGACAAGACAACCAUUUUCCAUGCACUUGUGUUCUUUUUUUCUGUGAAUGCUAACAGGCGUCUGACAGUUUAAACUACAAGAGAAGCAGCACAAGCUUUGCUGUGCCCAAAUGUGCUGCUCAACAGGAAGUAGUAAGAAAACAAUGUUUUAACAGCCUAGAAUGUGGCAAGAAGAGCACUUUGAUCUGCUUACCAGAAACUUCUUUAAAUAGAGAUGCGGCUACAACACUGUUAAGCUGAAAGGUUCAGUAGUUAGGUGAUUCACUUCAAAUUCAUUACUCCAAUGCAUUACUGACCACUUUUUAAGACUUAGUUUAGCUUCACAGUUUUUAUUUCAAAUCUUUCUCUUAACCUACACACACAUUAAUUAAAUCUAAGCAGUCAUUAAGCUGCACUGCAGAGAUGCCUUGGCUUACCGGUAAAUAUCUGCGAUCACAGAUUAAGCUGAGGCAGGCUCAUACAUUUUUUCAUUUCCUUGUCACUGUUUCUGACUUGUCAGACAUGUGCAUGACCCGCACUUCCACUUCAGUGGUUCUCCUACUGCCCCCUAGCAACUGUGUCAUGAGGGAAAUAGUGUCCCUCUGGAAAAAAUUCAGGAAGUAUUUCAGAAGAGAUUUCAGAGAAAUGUAGUUCAAAUGCUUUCACCUGCAAUGCCAUGGUAAAGUGAGGUGGAGCAUUCACAGAAACACCAGAGUCUGACUUCUAACAAGAACCCUCAACAAAACAGCCUAGGCUAGGUCACCAUCAUAUUUUAAAGAGAUCAGAGUUUUUCUUGUGCCCAGAGGAACAGGUCAACAUGAACCAUGCUGUGAUAUUACAGGCUCCAAAAAGUGGUGGAAGAGACAGUAUUCAAAUGCACAGAAGGCAUUGAGUUACAAGAACUCAUUCCCUGUAACACCAGUCACUCAGUAGAGCACAGGAGUUGUUUCGCCCAAAGUAAGGGCUAUUUUCAUUCAGAAUUGUGGCUGGGACCGCUUCAUUCAAGGUAGAAUAAGUUUAACCCAUUGGAAAAAGAGGACAAGCUUCUGACAUUCUCUUAACCAUGAUGAGAAAGUCCACUAUGAAGGCUAAGGUGGUUAAGGACACACUGCAGAGCAGGAGUCAGCUUUAUCACUUCAGCAAUGAGGACACAUGAGGAGUCCAUUUCUCAGCUCAGGCCAUAGCAAGAGACUUAGACUGUUCAGGGUGAUUCUCCACAAAGCUUCAGGCCACAUGGACAGUCUGAGUUUUCUACACUGGGUCCAGCAGAGCCACAUGAACAUGCCCGUGGUAGUCACAAGGAACUCUUAAAAGAACAAGCUCAGUGUUCUAGAGUUGCUGUCUUGCUCACAAAUUCUUUUUGCACCUUGGUCAAAGUUGAUACAGUUGUAAGCAUGCUACCAAGCAUAGAGUAGAGCCUGCUGGCUUCACAAGGAUGUCUCACAUGAGAAAUAGUUGCAGGGCCAGGCCUUUGGCUGCCCAGGAGAAAGUAUUUGCCCACACUUGUAUAAGUGUGUCAAGAGGGAACUAAAAAAACCCCUAAAACCAGGUGAAUUGAUGAUAGCACUUUAAUAGGAAAUUCAUUCUUCUUGAAGCUAUUGAAAGUAAAAUCACUAGAGAUUACAGCUCUCUCAGGAUACAGUGUCUAUCUGAACAGAAAAUAAAAUCUAGCAAAGUCAAGGGAAAAGCCACACUUUAUCUCUGCAGGCUUUGAAUGAAGUGGCAUCUGUCUACUUUCUCUUUCCUAAGUACACAGGGACUGCUCUGCUAUCUCAAAACGUGCAGCACAGAAAACCCCACCCAAAGCUGCUCAAGUAUGCAGUGUUAGAUUUCAAUGGAAAUUUUUCAGUGCAGAGUUAUCAAGAUAAGAAAUUUUCUCUUUAUAGUCCUUGAUAAUAAGGUUUUGUAACAUUCAGAAAAAAACACCCAGUGGUUUCCCCACAGGAAACCCAUGAUACUGCUUUUAAUAGGAGCCACAAUUUCAGGGGCAGUUAAUGAGAUAGCAUUUUGCUUUAACACUGGUUUUAAAUAAAGCGUUGAUUAAAGACAGGCUUGUCUACAAUGCACAAAGGACCCUGAUUAGUUUUUUUAAUUUUAUCAUUAAGUACAAAAUUCAUGGCGAGAGAUAGAAGAGCUCUCUGCAGCAUUUGAAGCGCACUUGAAAGCCUGACUCUUUCUGGCAGCUAUUUUAAACCAACAUCUCUCCUGUAGCACUGUUGCUCAUUUGUGCUCACAGCACAAGGAGAACCAGGUCUGCACUCAACAUCAAAGUAGAGUCACAUGCUCAGCUUAAAAGAACAGUUCUAUUUCUCCAAUAUGUUUGUGAGACUAGAACCAGAGCAGACUGCACUUCAGCAUAAACCCAAUUAAAAACAUUUCUGCUGUACUUUGCCCAGAAAAUUCUGAAAUUUUAUUAUUAAAAAUAGAUUUCCAUUUCAAACAGAAAUAUUACUUACAUCUUGGAGGAAUACCUAUUCUUUUCAAGACUGCUACUACAAAGAGUGUCUCUUACAUUCUUUGCAAGGGAAUUUCCACUACACUUAGCACUUAGCAUAGAAAAUAAUACGAUUUUUCAAAGAAAGGUUGCAAUUUGAGUAGUAAUAGAUAAAGUAGGCAUUUGAGGCCUGAUGGUGUUGUCAGUUGUGCAACUUAUUUCACCUUCAGAAAGCCAGAAUAAACAUGCAUUCUGCAGUUUUAGAAAAGCACAACUUGCUGGCAACUCACAAACACCACAAGAUGUACUUUUGUACUGUUUGUUUGAUUCCAUUUCAGCACAGACUCACUCCUUUAUGUACAUCUGUGCACAUCAAUAUUUAACUGUGGUCUGUUUACCUUCUCCAAGAACUUCAGUAGCAAGAGCUAUUCCCAGCCAAGGCAGAUGUCCACUUGAGACAGACUCUCUUCUCGAGAUACCAGCAUCAUAUGUUUACCAAAGAUCACAUAAGUAAUUAAGCAGGCAGAGACACUUUGCUGGGAUAUGCACCCAGGAAUUUAUAGCUUGGGGACUUAAAACAGAGGAGGUAAUGCCUUUGUAUGCAAUUGAUGGGGAUGAAGUAGCAUUGCCUUAUGUCCUCUCUUUCUAAAUUUAGUCAUGAUUUGUCCUUGUCUCUAUUGUCCUGAAUAAUAGCACUUUACCCAGACUACUGGCUCUCUUAAUUUUUUUAAACGUAGCACUGAUACAAAGGAAAGGGGGAAAAAAAAGAAACCUCAUAUUCCCAAUGGAUUUUACUGCCUGAAGCGAAUAUUUUCUUGCUAUCUAACAGAGCCUUCUGUCUCUUGCAGGUUGCCCAAAAUAGCAUACCAAGUUCACAUUAUUCCAAUAGACUUUGCUUUUGCAGCCAUUCGAAGCUGAUACAGUACAGGAAUGAUUUGCUCUUGGAGAGCAGAUUUAUUAACACACCAGCAGGACUACAGACGCAGAAAUCCCCUGCUGCCUUCUCAGUGUUCACCUUUCCAUUAUGCUCCUAAUUAUCUCCAAAGAGUUUAUUUCUUGUAACCUUCUUGGUCAGGCUGAUAAGCAUUUUAUUUGGAAUCUUCUGCAGAUCUCAGAUUUACUCCACAUGCUCCUAGCUGAGAAACGAAGCAACUGUCUUUGUUUUCACAACGUACAUCUUCCACCCUCUCCAUUUCCUCUCUCAGUUCAGUUUCCUUUGAUAAGAAUUGCCACCAUUCUGAAUAUUUUCAGCUUAAUUCCUCCUGCUCUAUUCACUUCAUUAUGAUAAAGCUCUGAGCAGUUAAGAGUCUAUACAACCCUUAGACUUGAAUGGGAUAUAUUAAAUUAAUCAAGACUAAUCUGUUCCUUCAUGUUCAAAUAAGAUGCUAAUCCAGUAAAUUAUUUCUUAAGCAUUGAAUCCAAGGCAGUUAAUACAGAAAUAAUAAUCCAAAGUAAACACAGAUUGCAGAGGACAUUUUCUCACAUUAGAGAAAGAGCACAUUGCUCCUUAGACUACACUGAGGGCUAUUUCAGUUUAUGUAUUCCAAAAAGACAAACACAAUCAUGUGAUUCACAUUCUUUUCAUAAGAACCCCAUCCCACUUCUACAUCAUUCUUUGUAGAAAAUAAAACUGUUUGCUCUGAAGAAAAACCCCAAAAGCCAAACUACACCUAAAACAUCAGAAGCUAACAGAAGGUUUCUAUGACAGUGCUCAGCGUGCAAACUUCCUUUGGAAGAAGCUACUCUGAUUCUGAGAAUAAAAUGGCUUCUCUACCUAAACACAGACAUGUUUCAUUAAAUUCUAAAGACAAAUAUACACAGUAAGCCACAUACUGGUUUAUCCUUUCUUUCUACAACUGUACUGGACUGUGGCCCCAGAUUCAUAAACUCUAAAGAAUGGAGGAAUGACCUUAUAUUAUUCUAACCUGACUUUCAAGAGCUGGCAGUGUUAUAAUUCCUUCAUCAUGCCUCUGAAUCCUAUUGUUGCUAAACUGUAAGCUCUCAGCAAUGAUUUUCUGCCUUGGUUUAGAAACUACAAGAGAGGAAGAGUCACAUAGCACUCCUAGGUAAAAUAGUUCCAUAAUUUACUUUGAGAAGUAUCUAAAUACUUUUGUUGAAUUCAAUAUAACAUUAAGCCCAAGAAGACUUAGAACUUGAAUAUGAAUAUUACAAAAGUAGGUUUGUAUCACAUAAAUGAAACUAAUUGUCCUGUACAUGUUCUUCUGAGACAAGACAGGUAGACAGUAAAUACAAAAGUACACAUUAAUACUUUAAUUCUCUCUUGGAGGCAAACACUGAAGGAGAAUGUGUGUUUGCUUGUAAAAGCUGAACCACAUUUCCUGUUUGUAAGAAAGAAGGUGAAAAAAAAAGACUGGAGGGAUUUGAGAUUAACAGCAACUCUAAAGACAGGUUCAUGCUGCCAGGCUCAAAAAAAGAGUAUCCAAUUUCUGCCAACGUAACUUGAUUUCCUGUUGGAUAAAGGAGAGGAGAGUAUUCCUGGAAGCAACAGAACCAGAGCACUCUGAGCAGGAAAGAAACCUGCAUCCCAGAAGCCCAGGUGAUUUGUGAUUUCUUUUACUGCCAGCGCUUAUAUCAUCUUGUUUCAUCAUUUUAAGAACACCUGGAGGUUGGAGUACAACAAAACAAAAAGAGCUUUGGCAACACCAGCACAAUGAGGCAGCAAAACCUGUUAGAAGGUUUUGAGAUGGAGCCCAGUCAGUCAAGGAGCAAAGCUCUGUUUUCUCAGCAGGAGCAAAUGCAUUGCCACCCUCCCUUGGCCAGCAACAUGGAAAAGUGCAUUCCUGUACUCCUUUAACUUGGCUUAGGAAACAAACAAAAUGUGGGCUUCCCGAGGGAAUCCAGUUACAGGAAUGGACUGCCAUUUUUCUGUCUGGGGAGUUUUGGCCUUCCUGAGUUUGGCUCUGCUUGUUUCAGUGACACUGAAUAUUGUACACUGUAUGAAAAAGAAGCAAGCUAAAAUGCAUAAAGACUAUGAAGAGAAUGACCCAAGCUAUGAUGGCUAUCCCACAGAAGAUUAUCCUGUUUAUGGCAAUCUCAAUCAAGAUAUUGUAGAAGAAUGUUGUUACGAGCAGAUGAAGUCCCAGCCUCAAAGACCAGUUAACCAGCUACAGGUGGAGCCUGCCAGUCAAAUGUGUUAUGCAUCACUUGAUCACAGUGUCAAGGGAAAAUGCAGAAAACCAAGGAGAAAGAAUGAUCCUUCAUUAGAGGAAGAUGAAGGAGAAAGAUCAUCUAACCCCAUGGUGGCUUCCAAAGUUAGCAUUUACCUCAACAGUGAGCAGCUGGCUGCCGAAAACACAGGGAAAGUAGAAGCCAUUCAUGAUGAUCCUGUCAGAUUAAUGGGCUUGAUUCAUAAUACAAAAGGGGAGAACUGAAUAUGCAAUGAACCAAAUAUGUAACCAUAAAAUGAGAUUUGCUUUUUUAUUCCGGAGGAUCAAUGAUUGCCCAGAGAAAAUAUUCUGGAAAGCUGACAUACUAAACAGUGGUAUGAAAUGGGUAAGUGUUCCAAACUGUCUGCCAAACAUAUUUAUAGACUAAGCAAGACAUAGGUCCAGACUGCUACUCAGAUGGAUAUGCCCUUCUGAAGACAAUUUGAAAGAGUUGCAGAAGCUGGUAGCUCAGCAUUCACAUGGUAGUGAUUCCAGUAUGAACUGAUCCUGUUUUAAACAAUUAUCAGCUUUCAAGCAGUCCUAAAAGACCCCGUUAUUGUCCAUAUAGCUCUAGCAGAGUACAACUAUUCCAUAUUAACUUCAAUACUUUUGAAAUGAGAUUGCGUUUUGUACUUGCACACUUGGUGAUUAGUUGUUCUACCAAAUAAGAACUAAUCUGCUGUUCCACACUGUGAACAUCCUGACUGUGACUGGUCUAUGGCAAUGAUUGGAGAAUAAUUUAACAGCUGAUUUAAAGCUGUAAUUGUACAUUUCGCAAGACUUAGCAGAAUCUUUGUGUAUCUUCAGUUUCCUCUAACCACACUAGAAUACAUCUCAAAUCUCAACUCCUCUACUAGUGUAAUAUUGUAUACACCUGUAUUCAAUGGUCCAUAAAGAUUAUCACACCAUCUGUAACAAUAAAACUAGGAAGGAUUUCUUCCAAUACCCCAUGUUAUGUUUGCAUUCCUAUUGGGUUUUCCAUUGCCAUCCUUAACUAUUUUACAAAAACAACAAGAGCUUUUUAUUUCCCCAAACCCCUCACUUACUGUAUGCACAUUUAUUUGAAGACUAAACUCUUUAAAUGUUAAAUUUUAUAGAGUGGGUAUCUGUUUUAUAUUAUAUUUUAUAUUCUGGGAGUCAUUAAGUAGUUGCAGCAGGAAGCAAUAAGGCAAGUUGAUGUAAUGUGUUUGCCUCUAGGUGUCAGACACUUCUGCCUUCUCCAAAAACCAGGAUAUUAUAGCCUUUAAAAUCCACAAUCAGUGCCAAGGAGCUUAAAACUCAGAAGCGCACAGAGCGCUAGACGUGUGUAAGGUCCUGAGAGAUAAACCUGGAAACAAAAGGCCCAUAGUACAGAGAGCCAACACCUUCUAACAGCAGAAAUGGAUGGACACAUCAAGGGAUGAGAUAAAUCUAUGAAAAAAAAAAAACCCAAAAACCAAAAAAAAAAACCAAAAGAAAAACCCCAAAACCCCCAAACAAUAGUUAAAUUCAACCUGUCAUUUCAAUCUGGUAACUAAUUUAAUGGAAAUGAGGUACCCACUUCUUUCAUUGAGUGUACAUGUAACAUAAGGUUCACUUCACGGGAAGUAACUACAUUUAGUUUCCUUUCUGUUCUCGGUCUUCGUUGUUUAGUCCAGCUAUAUGUUUAUGCUAAUUUUCAUCAGCUGCUUUCCCUUGUAACAUAGUUUGUUCAAGGAGCAUUUUUGUAAAUAUUCUCCAUAUAUAUCUAUACACACUUCCUUUUCACAUUUAAUCACUGCCACCAAUAAAUUAUUGAUUGUGGCUCUCAGGAUGAUCUUUAAUAGCCUAUCAACUAAUUCCAAGGCAUUUGUAAUGCUGCCACAUUUAAAUUUCGCUUUAUUCUUUUGGCUCUUUACCCUCCAUCUGCUUAAAUAAGCAACCAAACAACCUAAUUUUUUUUAAACAAGUUUUGGGGUAGUUUUCAAAUGAUUACUGAAUCCUUACAUAAAAAAGCAUGUUCAAUAUUGUUCCAUCUUCAAGACAUUAGAGAAAGACCUACAUAAACUAUGAUAUACUACUUAAAUUCUUUACAUAUAGAGCAAGUUUGAACUAAUUACAAUGUAAGAAGAGGGGCUAGGUUCUAGGUUUACACUGUCUCAGUAACCUCAUCUGUUUUUCCACUGUUCCCUAAAUUUUUUUUUUAUAGCAAAGAGAAGCAGUGUAAAGUUUUUUUUUUAUUAACAGCAAGCUUAGUAUUCAAGUACCAGUUCAAUGGAACAGUAAAGAAUGAGUAAACAAGAGGAAAUAUGGUGGAAAAAGCAAUACUGUUUGGGAGGGAAGAAUGGAACUCAAAACACAAGAGAUCAGGUAGCACACUGACAUCUUUAUCAGUUGAGGCAGAUGUAUUCCAGCAGUAAUUAUAGCAUUUGAUAAUCACUGCAGAUGUACCUGGCUAAACAUACCUGGUCUAGCAGUUAGUAUCGUUAGGAGAAACAACAGCUUGUAUCGUACUUCUAAAAGUCUGCUGGCUCACAUGGUGUAGGAGGAUCAACUCUAAAAAUAGAAACUCUUUCUCCCUUUUUUGCUACUGCUAGCACCUAAAACAUGGCAUUUGGUAUGAUCUUUCAACACUUAAAAGGUUUUUCCAAGAAUAACCUCAUUAAAUUAUUUCAAAGUAAUCUUCACAAAGACAAUUUUGCUAUGUUGAAUAAACCAACUUCACCUCCU